AUGGUUCUAAGGAUCGGAUAUGUCCGAGAACACUUCUGUUCUCCUCUUCUGCAGUUCGAAGCAGAAGAUAAGGGCUCGACGUUUACUCUCGUCGAGUGCCCCAGUGGCACAGGCCAACUGAUCUCCCGACUCACAAAGGAUGAAAUCGAUAUCGCAAUAGCUCUCACAGAUCCCUUGAUCGCAGGGAUCGCAAAGGGCUCCGAGGCGUACAAGCUCGUAGGGAGUUAUGUCACGUCACCACUCCGCUGGGCGGUCAUCACGGGCCACAAACCUUCUGCAUACAAUCAAAUCUCCGAUCUCCAAGGCAGCACAAUCGGUAUUUCAAGAAAUGGCAGCGGGAGUCAGACGAUGGCGUACGUCAUGGCGUUGCAACAGCGCUGGCCUACAAAUGAGCUCAAGUUCCAAGUCAAUAACGACAUUCGUGGCCUCAUUAACUCCGUGAACGACGGGACAACAAGCGCAUUCAUGUGGGAAUGGUUCACAACGAAGCCAUUUGCUGAUGCGGGGGAGUGUCGAUUCAUUGGUCAAGUCCCAACGCCAUGGCCCUCGUGGCUCAUUGCAGCGCACCCGACACGUGGAGAACCAGUUGCAGUACGCACGUUCCUCGACCAAUCUCUCGCGCCACAGGCCCGAGCAGGACCGAGCGUAAAGUUUGUGAUGGACACCUUUGGGUAUCCUGAAACAGGACGUCAAGUGCUGACGGUGCGUUUAUUUGUAAAGGAGUGGCUCGAUGCUGUGGAGUACCCUGAAGACUGCUCAACGAUACCGUGGAACGUCAUCACCGACACGUUGGGUGUCCUACAACAAGCCGGCGUGGUGGCCCCACCUGAAGGAGCUAUCAAGCGGGACCAAUUCAUAAACCUGGACGUCGUGACGCUCGUUUGACACGUGAACAAUCUUUACGACGAUCUUGAUUGGUUAAUUCCUUGAUACUUAUCGUAUCUGUAGAGAAGAAGGCCACGAUUGAAACACCUGAUGAAGUUCAAAUUACAGAUGAGCGGUAAUUAUAACACAUGCAUGCAAACACGGUCCGAGUCCUAAUUGAAAAACGUUCCGCAGCAUAGAAAAUUUGAGAGUGUGUGGUCGGUACUAUGGUACGUAGAUAAACGGGGGUAGCGCAGCGCUGAUCCAUGACAGUUACAUAUAGUCGAUAAAUAUCCAACCAAUGAGCGCCGUGAAAAAAGUCAGUAUGCAGAAAUGGAGCCAAUAUUAAUGCAGCGUCCGGCGUAGGAAUGAUGUAAAUGGCGAAUGCAGUACAAGUCAUGUUCUCUAAACAGCAAUAAAAGUCCUCAAGAUCGUAACAUAUGAAGGUCCAUUAACGAGUCCGAGAGAGGUUGUAGCGGUCUUACAAGUCU